AUGUCCCACUCGAACACGCAAGCAACCAACAAGAUGCUCAGCACGCUCCCAGCACCAACGCGCGACCUGACGGAACUGGCCAAAGAGGAAAAGAGCUUCACCUUCAACCAUUUUACCUGCGAACAUGCUUGGGUCAUUGGCAAUAUCCUCCGAAACGCGCUGAGAACCGCCGAAUGCCCCGCGCUUAUCCACAUCUCGUCUGCGAAUCAGACGCUGUUCCACUCGCCCAGCCUGCCUGGCAUAAUGCCCGAUCACGAGAAGUGGACGGAGAGGAAGCGCAAUACCGUCUUGAGAUGGGGCCAUUCGACUUGGUUCAUGAGCUGCCAGUUUGAGGGCGAUUACAAGAGGUUCGCGGAGCACAAUGCUAUGAGCGGGGAUGAGUGGUCGAAAUAUACCAUUGAAGGGGGCGGAUACCCCGUCUUCGUCAAGGGCGUAGAAGGCGUCGUUGGCGCUAUCGUUCUGGUCGGCGUUGGCGUGGACAGUGAGCAGGCGCACGGUGUCGUGGUCAAGGCCGUGGAGGAGUACAAAGACCUCCGAGAAGGGUUCCGCAGCCCAAUGAGGAGCAUGACGGUCAAAUGA